CGCUAAGAUCUCUUCCAAACCCCCUCCGAGUCACCGCGCGCCGACGAGUCUGGAUCGACCAACGACUGGUCGCGCUGGCGCCACGGCCGAGUGCUUCUGACCGGGCUUCCGAGCCAAUGCCGCUCAUAUUGAUGCGCCCGCUCGAGCCGUGCACACACACACAAGACGCACGAGAUGGGUUGGGUGGCAAGAGUGGCGUGCUUCUCUCCGCGCCGGCCGCAUCUGAGGCCUUGGACGGCCUGGACGGGCGGCGGCGAGGGGCUGACGGCGGUACGCAGAAUGGCCAAAUGGCGGCAAGCACAUCUCUGAGAGUCGCGACUCCGAUAGCCAUGGUAUCUGUCCGAUCACGAAGCAGGCCCCACGCCUCGCGGCACGGCACACCGGCCGUCGAUCACCGAGCGAGAAUGCAUCAGAGCCGCGGCCGCGUGCAAAUGUUCAGUCCACUGCCGCAAGCUUCCGUGCGCCCAAUGCCGCUCGCUCCACUAAACGUCUUGAUCGGAUCGGAGGACCAACAGAGGGUGACGCCAGGCGAGUGGCGAGCAACCACCGUCGGCACGCGCGGAAGAUGCAACUUUGCCAACUCCAGCUGCGAGGCAGGCCGGGUCAUCCCGCAAUACCGCAAUACCUCGCGAUUCUUAGUGCCCUGCAGGACGCAGGAGAACACGAGGCAGGAGGAAUGAAGACACUCACAGGAUCGAGGUGCGGCGGUCUGGAGCGGGCCGG